AUGGAGGCUGUGGAUUCUGAAUUUGGAUCUCUUCGAAAAUCAAAGGGCAAAGCUAGUUCUGGUAGAAUUUUAAAAGACAGUGCCAUUGAUCAUGAACAGAAAUCUAUGCUCCAGAAGUUGACACUACUGCCAAUAAAGAAGGUCAGUUCCAAUAAGGUAAAAAAGCCGAAUCAUAUCUCUGAGACAAGAGAGAGCACUAGCUUGGCAGAAAUGCUUAUUGAGAGGCAAAGUGAAAAUAUGCGCAUGGUAAGGAAGACCCCGGCUUCAGAUUUAGCAGUCUCCAGGAAGCUAGCGAAACCGCUAGACCCUGAUUUCAAAAGAUUCAAGCAUCACUUACUGCGAGCUAUCUAUCAGGGGCUGCCUUCUCAGGACAUAAAGGUACCGAGCUAUUUGCAGGACGUCCAGGCGGAGUUGAACAGAAUUUUGAGUCAGGCUAUUGUACAGAAAGAAAGUCAUUCUACUAUCAUAGUGGGACCUAGGGAAAGCUACAAGACAUUCCUGUUGGACCAUGAAAUGGCUCUCUUGGCCAACGAAUAUGCGGGACAGUUUAUCACUAUCAGGUUGAACGGGUUCAUUCAUUCUGAGCAGUCUGCGAUCAAUGGCAUAGCAACGCAAUUUGAGCAACAGCUGAGAAAAUUACGCGGUACCACCGAUGAUACAGCCAAUGGAUCAGACAUAAGUAGCGGCUCAUUAACGGAAGUUUUCGAGAAAAUCUUACGGGUUCUGGAUUCUACCUCCAUCAGGAAUCAAAACAGGAGCCAAAAGAAUGGAGCAGUUAUGAAGAUUACCGUUGUGUUUAUUUUUGAUGAGAUCGAUACAUUUGCAGGGCCCGUGAGACAGUCUCUCCUGUACAACCUUUUCGAUAUGGUUGAGCACGCAAAAGUGCCAGUCUGCAUAUUUGGAUGCACCACAAAGCUUAACAUUCUGGAAUAUCUUGAGAAAAGGGUAAAGAGCCGAUUCUCCCAGCGAAUUAUUUACAUGCCUCAGAUUGAAAGCUUGGAGCAAUUUGUAGAGUUAACAGGCGAGCUCUUAACAGUUUCACGCCCCUCCGAAUACAAAUAUGCUGGCUUAUGGAACCAAAAGGUCAAGGAAACACUCGCCGAUGAAAAAGGUAACUUUUACAAAUUGGCGAAAAUAAAUUAUGAAACUUUCAGAUCGCUACCUCAUUUCAAGAACGGUAUUGUCCCGUUGAUUUACGGUGCGGAAGAUUUUGAGUCCCUCUGUAAAUCGCUUGAAACUUGCGAUAUCAUUAACAAAUAUGAAAUUAACCAAUUGGGCAGUAGCCUGAGUGCCACAGUUGCCUCUCUUUCGGAUCUACAGCUGGCAAUCCUGAUUUGUGCCGCCCGAGCAGCUCUGAAAGCUAAGGACGAAGUCAUGAACUUCAAUCUUACGUACGCCGAGUACGAAAGCAUGACAAAAUCUUUGAACGCGAGAAUACCGACAGUGGCCCACGCAGGAACUUCAAGAGACGCCAGUUCAGUGCUUCUCGACAGUGCUAUAAAGCUGUGGAAGAAGAAGGACGUUAAAAACGUAUGGGAAACCCUCAUCAGUCUAAAUCUCUUGACUGAGAAAUCGGCUAUCGGUUUACGUGAAUCGGCAAUGGCUGUCUUCUACGCCAGUAAUUACCAGUUGCAAGGCACCACGAUUCCAUUUGAUCUGCGACAGUAUCAGACUCAUGUUACGUUAUCAGAUCUCAGACGUAUCGUUCCCAGCUCCUCCUUAUACUACCCAUGGACGCAGCUAUGA